UGAAGCUACCACUAGGGCCAUUCAAAAAAACUCCUCUUAUUAUAUAUAUUACAUUUUACAUAUAAAACCCCUCACAAAAUCUCACAACGCUCCUUCUCUCUCAUUUCCUAGCUGCGCCACUCACCCUACUACUCACAACAACAACAACACAAAUUCAAAUAUGGCUUUGCCGAACCAACAGACCGUAGAGUAUCCAAGCUUCAAGCUUGUUAUUGUUGGCGAUGGUGGAACCGGUAAAACAACAUUUGUGAAAAGGCAUCUUACCGGCGAGUUUGAGAAAAAAUAUGAACCAACUAUUGGUGUGGAAGUUCAUCCUUUGGACUUUUUCACUAACUGUGGGAAAAUCCGUUUCUACUGCUGGGACACAGCUGGGCAAGAGAAAUUUGGAGGUCUUAGAGAUGGAUAUUACAUCCAUGGGCAAUGUGCAAUUAUCAUGUUUGAUGUUACUGCCCGGCUGACAUACAAGAAUGUUCCAACAUGGCACAGGGAUCUUUGCAGGGUGUGUGAAAACAUUCCAAUUGUUCUUUGUGGGAACAAGGUUGAUGUGAAGAACAGGCAGGUCAAAGCAAAGCAGGUUACUUUCCACCGGAAGAAGAAUUUACAGUACUACGAGAUAUCAGCAAAAAGCAAUUAUAAUUUUGAGAAGCCUUUCUUAUACCUUGCCAGGAAACUAGCAGGGGAUGCUAAUCUGCAUUUUGUUGAAUCUCCUGCUCUGGCUCCCCCAGAAGUGCAAAUUGACUUGGCUGCACAGCAACAGCAUGAGGCUGAGUUGCAGCAAGCAGCUAGUCAACCCCUUCCUGAUGACGAUGAUGAUACAUUUGAGUAGAUUGUUGGGGAAUUCUUGUUGGCAGAGUUUCUUAUCAAAAGAUUUAUGAGAGUCCUUGAGCCAUUUUUCCAAUUGCUGGCAUCUGCUUUAUAUUGACAAUCAUAUAUUUUUGGUUGUAUCAUUUUGAGGAUGCCGGGUGUCGUACCAGUGGUGUGUGCUAUGUUUUGUUUUUACUUGUUUUUAUGUCUUUGGGAGUUUACAUAUGUGAUAUUUCUACAUAGAAGAAAUUCAGUGUCUUUUAAGUUUUGGAUUAAUUCAGUUUAUCGCCCAUGUGGCCCGGUUCAAAUC